CCGGUUGCGCCUGUGCGGCAGCCCUCGCCACAGGUUUUUGAACAUGAAUCCUUCACUCCUCCUGACAGUCCUUUGCUUGGGAAUAGCCUCAGCUGCUCCAAAAUUUGACCACAGUUUAAAUACACAAUGGGAAUUGUGGAAGGCAGUACACAGGAAACCAUAUGACUUGAAUGAAGAAGGAUGGAGAAAAGCAGUGUGGAAGAAGAAUAUGAAAAUGAUUGAGCUGCAUAAUCAAGAAUACAGCCAAGGGAAACAUAGCUUCAGCAUGGCAAUGAAUGCCUUUGGUGACAUGACCAGUGAAGAAUUCAGGCAGAUGAUGAAUGGCUUUCAAAGGCAGGAGAACAAGAAGGGGAAAGUGUUCCAUGAAACUAUCUUUGCUUCGAGUCCCCCAUCCGUGGAUUGGAGAGAGAAAGGCUAUGUAACUCCUGUGAAGAAUCAGGGUAAAUGUGGUUCUUGUUGGGCUUUUAGUACCACGGGUGCUCUUGAAGGACAGAUGUUCCGAAAAACUGGCAAACUUGUUUCACUGAGUGAGCAGAACCUGGUGGACUGCUCUCAGCCUGAAGGCAAUCGGGGUUGUCACGGUGGCCUCAUGGAUAAUGCCUUCCAGUAUGUUUUGGACGUUGGAGGCCUGGACUCAGAGGAAUCUUAUCCAUACACUGGAUUGGUUGGCACCUGCCAUUACAAUCCCAAGAAUUCUGCUGCUAAUGAAACUGGUUUCGUGGACCUCCCUAAGCAGGAGAAGGCUCUUAUGAAGGCAGUGGCAACGUUGGGCCCCAUCUCUGUUGCUGUAGAUGCAAGCAAUCCAUCUUUCCAGUUCUAUAAGUCAGGCAUUUAUUAUGAGCCAAAAUGCAAGAGUGAAUCUGUGGAUCAUGCUGUUCUGGUAGUUGGCUAUGGCUUUGAAGGAGCAGACUCAGAUGACAAUAAAUAUUGGCUUGUCAAAAACAGCUGGGGUGAACACUGGGGCAUAAAUGGCUACAUAAAGAUGGCCAAAGACCAGAACAACCACUGUGGAAUCGCUACCAUGGCCAGUUAUCCUACUGUCUAAACCUCAAAGGCUGGAUUAAGAACAAUAUCCAGAGGAAGGAUAUUCUCUUAAAACUGAGCAGACUUUAUUGUGUGGGAAUGAAAGACUUGAAUCAUUGAAGAUCCAAGCUGUGAUCUGAAUUCUGUGACCUUUUACACUGGUGAAAACUUACCACUUCUUUCACUACUGUUGUAAAUAUGUUUGUAUGAUCAA